CGAUUCGGUAACGAAGCGGGCCACCUGUGAAAAGUAACAUGGAUCCCCAUCUCCAGACCCUGAGCUAUACGAAUAUCUCAUUAUGCUUUUUGGUGCGAAGGAGUGUGGUCGCCUCUUGUUUACAUUUUUUGCGUGUUCACAAUGUCGUCAAAUAGGAAACGUGUGAUUAUAAUUAAAGAAAAGUUGAAGAAAUUAGAGGAAAUGCUACAGGACGUCUCUACAAGUGGGAGUGACCAGGAUAUAGAACCCCGUAGAAAGAGAAUUCGCCUCAUAAGUGUUUCCUCAUCAGAUUCGGUUCACAGCGAUGUUAAUCAGGGUAAUAUCGUAGAGGUCGAUGUUCACAGAGAAGCAGAACUUUCUCCAAUACCCUCUGAUAAAAUAGAUAGUAUAAAUAAAAUACUGGGAACUGAUCCAUCCAUGCCUAAGGUUAUGGGCAAGCCAGUGAGUGAUCAGGUGGCCUCUAGGCUAAAUUAUUACGCAACCAAUGGGAUGUCUAGCGAUGAAAAAGAAAAAAUAAGACUCGAGUGGCCAACACCUGAAAACUGCCUCUCUUUCAACUCACCUACCUUAAAUCCAGAGAUUUUAGCACUUCUUUCGCCUACCGAUCAGAAAAAAGAUUCCUUUAUGUGUCAUAUUCAAAAUGACAUAGCUGGAAGCUUAAGUGCUUUAUCAUCAGUGAUAAGCAAACUGUUAGAUAUAGCAGACCUCCCUAAUAUUAUAAAAGAAAUAAUACCUGAUCUAAUGACAGCAGGAAAACUUCAGUGUAACGCCCAUUUUCAGUUAUCAAUGCAUCGCAGACAUCAAGUCUAUCCUCUUUUAAAAUCUGACAUGCAAAAACUAGCCAAAGAAUCUAAAAUGGAUAAUUUUCUCUUUGGAAAAACAUUCAUGGAGAAAUGUAAAAUUAAUCAAACUAUAAAUAAAUCUGCAGUAGAGCUGCAGGUGAGUAAAGUUCCUGCAAGCAGCCAAAUCUUUAAUAGGAGCCAUUUAAACUGGCAGCGCCCCAAAACAUCUGUACGUUUUCGGAAAAGUCAGUUUGUACUAAACAAGAGAAAGGAGCCUCGAAUACAAGAGAGAAACAGAAAUCAAUGGAGAUCAUCGAGAGGGAACCUAGCCAGAUACAAUUACCGAAACCGACAAAUUCAGUAGAGGUAAAUGUUAACAAUAUUGCUUUAUUUGCCGGUAGACUAAAGUAUUUUCAAAAAUCUUGGAAAUCUAUAACGAAUGACAGAUUUAUUCUGAGCUGUAUAACUGGCUACCGUUUACCAUUUUUUCAUACUCCUAAACAGUUAGUCCUGCCAAAAGCCAAAAGUUACAGUAAAAUAGAAUUUAAGAACCUUAAAGAAACAAUCAAUAAAUUAGAAGCAAUAGGCGCAAUCAAUAAAUGCCAACCGUGUAAAAAUCAAUUUCUAUCUUCAUAUUUUUUAGUACAGAAACCAGACGGAAAUCAGAGAUUUGUUAUAAAUCUACAACAAUUAAACAAAUAUGUAACAAUCCAACACUUUAAAAUGGAAAAUUAUAAAAUUGUUAAAAAUAUAAUUACCAACAGAGUAUAUAUGGCCUCUCUAGACUUAAAGGACGCCUAUUUCUGUAUACCGAUUUACAAAAAACAUAGGAACUAUUUAAGAUUUACGUUUAACAAGUUUUUGUACGAAUUCUCUUGCUUACCGUUCGG